UUCCUCUCUAGGUUUUCCGGAGAAUUUCCGCAGCUCUAUUGUUGGCCGGAGGAGCAGCCCAGGUCCCGUCAUGCUCCGCGGCCAGGCCCGGGCCUCCCAGCGCAGAAACCCCGAGUCUCCGGUGCUAGUGCGCCGCGGCCCCGCCACUCGCGCGCCGGGAGGUGCAGCCGCCCAGCCAGCACGCGCCGGGAUUGCAUCUCAGCCCCCUAAAGUGAGAUUUAACUUUUCCCAGCCGCAGGAGGCGUCGGCCGCGGAUCCGAGGGCUGCCGGCCUCCCGGGCACACCUGCAACCUGCAGACGGCCCCGGCGCUUCGCAUUCGACCCGACUCGGGCUGUGGGAAAGAGUAGCGUCAUGGAAAACGAGGAUCUCCAAGAGGAGCUGACCUGCCCCAUCUGUCUGGACUAUUUUAAGAACCCGGUGUCCAUCGAGUGCGGUCACAACUUCUGCCGCUGCUGCCUGCAACACAGCUGGGCACCUGGCGGCGGCCAGUUCCCCUGCCCGGAGUGCCGGCAGCUGUCGUCGCCUGCCUCACUGCGGCCCAACUGGGUCCUGGCCCGGCUCGCGAAGAAGACGCGGCCCAGGCGCCAGGGCCCAGUGCCCGCCGGCCUGUGCGGCCGCCACUGGGAGCCGCUGCGGCUCUUCUGCGAGGAAGACCAGCGGCCCGUGUGCUUGGUGUGUAGGGAGUCCCAGGAACACCAGGCCCACACCAUGGCGCCCAUCGACGAGGCCUUCGAGAACUACCGGGAAAAACUUCUUAAGACUCAGUGUAGUCUGAAGACCAAGAUGGUGGAAGCCAUGCGUUUACAUAACAUGGAAGUAAAGAAUGCUACAGAGUGGAAGAACAAUAUGAAGAAUCAGCGAUUGAGAUUCAGUGCAGAAUAUGCAAAGCUGCACCGCUUCCUGGCUGAAGAAGAGCAACUGUUUCUUCAGCGGUUGAGCAAAGAAGAAGAAGAGACAAAGGAGAAACAGAAUGAGAACUUAUUAAGGCUCAAUCAAAUAAUCACUUCCUUGGAGGAGCUCAUCUUAGAGGUCGGGAAGAAAAGCCAGAGCUCCAACCUGGAGUUGCUUCAGAAUCCAAAAGAUCUGUUGACCAGGAGUGAGAACCAGGAUGUGAACUAUUCCCCUGAAGAUCUAAAGGUGAAGACUGUGUGCCAUGUACCAAUGAUGAAGGAAAUGCUGAAGCGAGUCCAAGUGGCUAUCAGUCUAGCUGAAGACACAGCUCAUUCCGAACUUGUCUUCUCCCAGGAAGGGAGGUACGUGAAAAAUGGAGCACUACGCGGUUCUUGGCCAUUAUUUUCUACAGCAUGGAGCUACUUUGCUGGACGGAGGAAUGGUCAGCAGAACACAUGCUUUGUGGAGAGAUUUCAGCACUUACCCUGUGUUUUGGGAAAAAACGUUUUUACUUCAGGAAAACAUUACUGGGAAGUUGAGAGCCGAGAUGGCCUGGAGAUUGCUGUGGGGGUGUGUCAGGAGGACGUCAUGGGGAUUGUUGAUAAAUCAAAAAUGUGCCCCCAUGGGGGCAUUUGGGCUAUUUGUUGGAGUUCUGAGGGCUAUUGGCCCCUAAUAAGCUCCUCUGUAAGUCCUACCAAGCAAGAGCCAGCUCUUCACCGGGUGGGAGUUUUCCUAGAUUAUGAGGUUGGGGAUAUCUCAUUCUACAGUGCUGUGGAUGGAGUGCACCUACACACUUUUUCUUGUUCUUUAGUCUCACCUCUCCGGCCAUUUUUUUGGUUAAGCCCAUUAGCAUCUUUAGUCAUCCCACUGGUGACUGGUGGGAAAUGAGGCUAUUCUUCCUCUGCCCAAGAACCCCUGAGUGUUUCCCAGCCCUGGGACGUCCAUCCUUGGCCCUCUUCUUUCACUUCAUACAUAUCAGUCCUUUGUAGUAGGGCAGCACUAUGCAUUCAGUUUCCAGUUUUAUGUUUUGUUCAGCUCCCUGUAUGUCCUGUGAAUAUGUAGACAGAUAGGGCAGACGCUGUUAGUUGCCUUAGUAGCUACCUGCCCCACUUCUCUCUUUCUCUUCUAGUUCUUUCUAUUUGAGCUGUUUGGUAUGCCCCCUCCAUGUGCUUCUGGAGAAGUAGUCCAAUGUGUGGUAAUUCUGCCCAAUGAGAGAAUGGGAAAUUUUCCUGGGGGUGGGGGGGGAGAUGUUGGCGGUAGUUUUUGUAGCUUCUAAACUUGUUAUAUGAGGCUAUUGCUCCCUUAUUGUAUAAGGCAAUGUUAGUUGCACUUUGAUUACUUGCAGUCUGAAGUAACCUAACUGGUGCACAUAGCAUGGAUAUCCCACAGUUUAGAUUUAUCUCACUUUUUCUGAAACUUGACACAUUUAUAGAAUCUCUAUUCAGUCAUGUAAUUCCUCUUCCCAGUAAGUACUGAUAUCCCUCACUUUUCUGGGUCAGAAAAUUGAGGCAGUCUUCCUUUACUCUGCCCAUGCUAGUACUCUUCUUCACCUGACCAUGUCUCAGCCUUCACAUGUUUAUUAUGCUAGCCAUUUGUCAAAUUCAUAGAUUGUAAAUACAAGUUUAUUCAUGUCAUACUGAAAAUGUUGAAAAACACAUAUUUACGCUGCUAGCCGUUUCACAUAAUGCUUUUUUAUAACCCCUGUAACAGCUCAGUGAGAUGAAAAUUAAAAUCCUAUUUUUACAAGUGAGAAAACAAACUUUUAGAAUAAUGUACUCAGUAUUGCCCAGUUGGUGAAUGGGUAUGUUGGGAUUAAUCUGGAUCUGUCUGAGAUUAAAGCCUGUACUCUUUCCUACUCUA